AUGACGAUACGAGGCGAGGCAAGGGAUGCCAAUGCAGGGCGAGGCAAGGCUGAAGGUAAGAGAGGGAACGUCUGCACAGAGGACGAGAACCCCCGGCAGCUCAGCGAGAAUCCCGACCCUCUAUUCCCUCUUACCCGGCUCUUUGCCUGGGUCAAUCUAUCCCGGGUGGAAUUCGCUGUUCAGACCGGUCAGCUGCGCCGCUUCUGGAAUGAGGCAGGUAAACAGCAUGGGGCCAGGGAAGGGGGAGGAAAAACUCAAUGCUCGUUCCCCGAAGCAUAG